GAGCUUAGUGACCAAGCGGUGUCCUGCGUUCCCAGCUUUGUUCGUUGCCCUCCAUGGCUGUCUCGCUCCGCGCUUCUGCGUGCUCAGCACUCAUCAAGGGCAGUGCUCGCAUCUCUCGCCCUGCUGUGUCUGUUGCGCCCGUUAGUCGCUCGACCACCGUUAGCGUGCGCGCCAUGUCGGCCAAGGAGGUCAUCUCCACAGACGGUGCGCCCGCCGCGCUGGGCCCCUACUCCCAGGCCAUCAAGGCCGGCAACACCGUUUAUGUGUCUGGCCAGAUCGGCAUCGUGCCAGGCACCAAGGACUUCGCCGCGCCGGACGUGGAGGGCCAGACGCACCAGGUGCUGAAGAACAUGGGCGCCAUCCUCAAGGCCGCGGGCGCUGACUACAAGGAUGUGGUGAAGACCACCAUCCUGCUGGCCGACAUCGCGGACUUCGCCAAGGUCAACGCCGUCUAUGCCACCUACUUCGACCCCGCCCAGGCGCCGCCCGCCCGCGCCACCUUCGCCGUCAAGGACCUGCCGCUGGCGGCGCGCGUGGAGAUUGACGCCGUGGCUGUGCUGCCCUGAACACCAGGACCUGCGGGGUUGCUAAUGGAUGGGCAUGGAUGGUGAUGCAGCGUUGGAGCUGGAGUUGGAGCGCUGCUGGAGCGUUGGUGGAGCGUUGGACAUGGAGCUAGUGACGCUGGCAGGAGGCGGCAGGAGGGCCGCAGGGUUGAGGUGUUAAACCGAUGCAGGCGGCUGCAGCGCGUGAGCGGAGGAAGGCGUGGGCUGCGCGCGUCAGGGGACGGAAGGGCCGUGGCGAGCGGCCGGUGCAGUGGCUGGGUGGGGUGUGCAGCAGGGAUGAGCGGACUGCUGCUGGUCAGGACACGGCAAGGGGAAUGUUGGUUGACGCCCGGCUGCAGUGAAACCCUGGAGACGCUCGCUGGGCGCGGGUUGUAUAGGCAGCGUCGGCACUCGGCUCCUGUUGUUGCUGGUGGCAUGACUAUGGGCCGCUGCCACUUGUGCAGUACGCGGAUGUGUAUGGAUUAAGCAGAUCUGUAUGGCUGGCGGUGUGUGGUAGGGAAACGCGCCGUGGGCAUGGCGGGGUGAACCGGCGCCCAGGUGGUGCGGCCAGCUGCCAGCAGGCUAGACCAGGCACGCGGCUUUCAGGGGCCGCAGCGGAUGCGGGAGACAUGUGGCUACAUCGUAACUCGAAUUGA